GGGAGGGGAGGGUGUGGAGGGGUAAAGGCGGAACAAACCGGUGUGCCCUGAUAGACGCUGUAGCGGCUCGCCCGCACUGCAGAUUAACUCUUAGCAGGCCGAGGAUGCACAGGACCGGGCUUUCUCUUCCGUGAUCCAAGGGUCCCACAAAGAUGGACCUUUGCUCUGCAUCUUCGCUCCGGGUGAAGUUCCCUAUAGUAGGAAGAAGGACAGGAGGUAUCCCUUUUGCUCUGGGCAUGGUACAAACUUACAAACUCAUCUGCGAGGAACCACACUCUUUGAGAACCGAGAUAAAGAUCAUAUGUCCUCUCUUCAACCUGACACUGUGUGUAGACCAAAGCCAGGUGAAGGUGAGAGAGGACAAAAGCACAGAAUGUACACAGCACAACUGGAACACACUGAAAACCACUGACUGAACCUAACGUCCUUUCUCAAUGUUGGAAGAGACAGUCAGAGAGCAUUGUUUGUCCCACUCACUCUCAGUGAACAUACGCCAGACUGUCCUGUGUGAGUAAAGGUAGCUAGGAGGACGGGGCAAAAGGUGGGAGGUCCCACUCACAGUCAGUGAAGAUCCCAAGACACCCAAGAGACUAUCCAUCAAGACCCAGCCAUUACUGACUUUACAUAGCCACAUAACCAGGCCUGGCCCAGAGACAGCCAGUCCUUGGUGUGUGGAAGUAGCCCAGUGUGUGUGGGUGGAGGUAGCUAGGAGGAGGGGGCGCCAGUUGUCUUCUCAGGCCGGAUGCAGAACAUCCUCGAGCAGAACUUAGACAUGGCCACGGCUCUGCUGGCGGGGGAGAAGCUGAAGGAGCUGAUUCUGCCUGGCUCUUCCCAGGAUGAGAAGGGAGGCAUGCUGGCCGGCCUCAUGGUCCAGCUCAAACUAGAGCUACCAUUUGACCGCGUCGUCACCAUYGGCACCGUCAUUAUCCCCAUCCUGCUUGUCACCCUCGUCUUCACAAGGAACUUCGCAGAGGAGUCAAUCUACUGCUACACGCCUCACAACUUCACCCGUGACCAGGCCCUGUACGCGCGAGGCUACUGUUGGACAGAGCUGCAUGACGCCGUGCCCGGGGUGGAGCCUGAACUUCGACCUUCGCUGUUCGAGCACAAGUUCCUGCCCUAUGCCCUGCUGGCCUUUGCUGGCAUCAUGUACAUCCCUGCUCUCGGCUGGGAGUUCAUGGCCUCCACAAGACUUACCUCCGAGCUCAACUUUCUGCUUCACGAGAUCGACAACUGCUACCACCGGGCAGCCGAGGGUCGGGCCCCUAAAAUCGAGAAGCAGAUCCAGUCUAAAGGACCGGGUAUCACUGAGAAAGAGAGACGUGAGAUCAUCGAGAACGCGGAGAAGGAGAAGAGCCCCGAGCAGAACCUGUUUGAGAAGUACCUGGAGAGACGAGGCCAGAGCAACUUCCUGGCCAAGCUGUACCUGGGGCGCCACCUGGCCAUCAUCUGCCUCAGCUCCAUCCCCAUCUCCUACCUGAGCGCCUACUGGCACCGCCAGCGCCAGAACGAGUUCAGCUGUGCCCUGGGGGAGCCUCCAGACACCAGCAGCAUCCCAGAGCUGAGGCUCAGCGUCAACUGCAAACUGCCGGCCGUGCAGCUGCAGCGGAUCAUGGCCGCCGUGGACAUCGCCCUGCUGAGCACCAUGAACCUCGUCAUCCUGGUCAACCUGCUGCACCUGUUUGUGGUGCGCAAGUCCAACUUUGUGUUCGACAAACUGCACAAGGUGGGCAUCAAGACGCGGAGGCGCUGGCAGAAGUCCCAGUUCUGCGACAUCAACAUUCUGGCCAUGUUCUGUAACGAGAACCGUGACCACAUCAAGUCACUCAACCGCCUGGACUUCAUCACCAAUGAGAGCGACCUCAUGUAUGACAACGUGGUGAGGCAGCUGCUGGCCGCGCUGGCCCAGUCUAACCAAGAUGUCACGCCCACUGUGAGGGACUCAGGCAUCCAGACCCUAGAUCCCAAUAUGGACCCCUCUCUCCUGGGGGUAGGGGAGCUGGGAGGGGAGCCGUUGGUCAUCAAACGACCACGCAAGAAGAUGAAGUGGAUCCCCAGCUCCAACCCUCUCCCGCAGCCCUUUAAGGAACCUCUGACAAUGACGCGUUUGGAGAACAGCAUUAAGCCUGAGAAGCCCAAACUGGUGAGGAGGAAAACAGUGGCAGAGAGCUACGUCGCUCCUUUAAGCAAGAGCACACAGUACUCUGCUAAAGAUAUGAGCACGAUGGAGAAAAAGCAUAGUCGCAACUUUUCCCUGGAUGUCCACCCGUACAUGCUGACCAUCCGUAAGCCCACCAAAGUAGAGACAGUCAGCGCAGAGCCUCUACCCCCAGACCACACCCUGGACGCGGUGUUCAUCGAGGGCACACACACCAUUGUCCAUGUCUCCGCUUCUAUCACAGAAAAGAAAGAUCGCACUCCAGAAUCCACCAACACAGUCUUCUCUACAAUGACCGUCCCCACCAGCACCUAUAUGAACGGUGCCACUCCCAGCCCCAACCCACCCUUUCUCGUUGACCGCCACCUUACAGAACCCCUGAUCGAGCAAGAGGAGCCUGAAGAUGCCCAGCCUGCAGUCUUCACUCGGAUCCCUUCCCACCAGCUGCUCAGUAUGCAUCAGCUACUCAGUAUGGAGGAAGAGGAGGCUAGAGGCCAGGGGGCCAGACUGUCUGAGAGACCCGGGGGGGAACUGAUUUCUGCUGGGGAGUGUUAAGGAGGAGACACACACGUCCCAUCCCACCUAUAGCCAAAAGCCACAUUGUCCCCCUGACCCCUAGUUAUGCUGUGCUCAUACCUCACUACUCCUCUGGUGAAGGCACUGAGUGCGAGUGCUGAUGGUGCUGAACCAGAAUUUUUAGCUGGAGUGUUGAAGAUUUAACAAGAUGGAGCAUAAGAGAGGAAGUGGUUCAAUGUGUUCUGAUCUACCCAUAGUCAUCUGACUGCUGUUACUCUCUCCACACAUGAAGACUUCGUUGAAAUGCACACAGGAGCAUUAUCUUUGUAGAUCCUGCACAGUUGAAUGGAGCAUUUGUUGGUCAUGUUCUUGACUUGGAGAGGAAGCAGCUCUUAAUGAAAAAGAUAAGAAAGAGAAUAGGGAAGACAUACGGUUUGAAGCUUUUUAAACACAUUUUAGAAAAGCACACAAUCUAUAGUUCAUUCGGAAAGUAAUCAGGGCCUUCACUUUUUCCA